GGAAGAAACACCUGCAGCAGAUGCAGUAUCCUGUCGAAUCGGUCACCCAACAACUGGAGUGAUUGUUGCCAUGGUAACACUUACCAUCGUCACGACUGGACUCGUCUUGUCCCGGGUGAUAUUUGCCCAGUGGGGAGCAGCACCGCAGGGUCACCGGACCCCCGGCUCUUCAGGAGACGAGCAGGUGGAGCGACUGCAGCAGUGUCGGACGGAGCUCCAUGAUCUGGGCCUGAUGCUCCAGACUAUCACUCAAGACUCCAGAUGCAGGGUGUGUCCCAGCGGUUGGCUUUGGUGGCGGCGUCGCUGCUACUACUUCUCUGUGGGACUCGAGGAAAAUCGUCAGUGGAAUGGGAGUGCGGAGUUUUGUCGGGGACACAACGGCAGCCUGGCGGUGAUUAAGGACUCUGCAGAAAUGGAGUUUAUCCUCGGUGUGAUGAGCAGGUUCCCCAACUUCCCCUUCCUGUGGGUGGGGCUGACGGACGCCCAGCAGGAGGGACGCUGGCUGUGGGGGGACGGGACGGACGUCCAGCACUACAUGCCGUGGGCGGUGGAUUGGGACGCUGAUCACAGGGACUGUGCCGACCUGAGGGGGGGGGGGAGUCUCUUCGCCGCAGACUGUGAUGCGUACGGGCCGUGGGUUUGUGAGAGAGAGUCCUGACCGGCUGCACACACAACCAACACACAACUUUAUAUUUAUAACCUCACAACGUGCUGGUAGAAAAAUAUAAUGGAUCUCCAGUCACACUUAAUGCAAAGUUACUAAUUUCUUUGAAUGAAAAGUGAAGGAAAUGUGUCCAAGGUUUUUUUUUUAACAGAGCUUUAUAUUCUAAUAAAUACGAUUUACACAUUUAAUUAUAGCUUUCCUCUGUGAAAUGUGUAAACAUGAAGUGUUUGCUGUGUAUAUGUGGAAGUGUGUAUGUCUGCAUUUUCGUGUAACUGUCAGAGAAAAGACUCUUUAAAUACUUUUUCUUUAAAAAUUGAUUG